AAUCAACCAAACACCAACAUACAAGAACCACAACCAGCUCUUCCCUUCCCUCUCCUAUGUAUUACUAGGAAGCAAAGACUAAGAAACCAAGCGGGAAAUAUUGGAAGAAAAAAAGAAGCAAUGCCCAAAUUCAAAAAGGGAGGAGGUCCGGCCCCCGCCGGCGCCGCCGUUCACCAACAUCCAAAGAAACACCGGAAAAUGCACAUGUUUUCUAAACUCUCGACGACGAGUUCUGCGGCUGCUGCUAAAGCUCCCCAGGGACAGGGAGUGGGUAUUGCGCAUCCGGAGAAGAAGAAUGGCAGUGAUGGGAAGAAGCCGUCACAGAAGCAGCAGAAGCAGCAGAAGAACCAGCGGCCUGUGGUGCCGUUUGGGAGGAAGGAUCGUAUCUUGUUGGUCGGGGAAGGCGACUUCUCCUUUGCUCGCUCAUUAGUCCUUCAACACCACUGCAAAAAUGUCAUUGCUACAUGCUAUGACUCCAAAGAGACGCUCUACGACAAGUACCCUAAAGCGGAGCAUAUUAUUCACGAUAUCCUGGAUGCCUCUACAAAAAGGCCAACAAAUGCGGAUGUUCCCGAUAGUAAGGGCACAUCGUCCCCAAGCGCUGAAAAGGGAACGAACAAUAAAGAUGAGGUCGGGAAUCAUAACGCACAAGGCUCCAUUGAGGACCAAACGCAACGCCGUGGUCCAAAAGUUCUUUAUGCGGUUGACGCUCGAAAACUCGGUCUUCCUGGGGGUGGCGGGAAAGAAAUCCGCUCCGGCUUUUCACGGCGAGAGCGUCAACGCCCGGCAUGGAAAAAGGCAAAGGAUGGUGCUUCAUCUUCUGCAUCAAAGGGUGGGCCCUGGGAUGUGAUCUGCUUCAACUUUCCUCAUGUCGGCGGUCUCUCCACCGACGUCAAUCGGCAGGUGCGCGCCAACCAAGAACUUUUGGUGGCCUUCUUCAAAGCGUGCGUGCCCUUGUUGUCGCAUCGUCCCGAACCUGCGGGUAGUGAUGAUGAAGAGGAUUGGGACGACUGGGAGAACUCUGAACCUGUACCAAGCCAAGACGAAGACGAUGGUGAUGGUGACGGCGACGGCGAUGGGGAUAGCAACCAACUGCGGUCGGCAAAUACCACUGGUCAGGCAACAUGCCAACCUAGAGUCGAACCCGGGCAGAUCCUAGUGUCCAUGUUCGAGGGGGAGCCUUAUACCCUCUGGAAUAUCAAAGACCUUGCAAGGCACGCCGGCCUGCGGGUGGUCACCAGUUUCCGAUUUCCGUGGGCUUGCUAUAGGGAAUACUCCCAUGCGCGGACCCUGGGCGACGUUGAGGGGAGGCAUGGGGGGAGAGGUGGCUGGCGAGGUGAAGAUAGGGACGCAAGAAUGUAUGUAUUCGAGGUCAAACAGGAAGACCAUUCGGUAGGGAGGAGGAACUUCCCGUCCUCUAAACCUGAGACAAGUGUGAAAAAGAAGAGGUCAAGGGACGCGUCUGAGAGUGAAGACAGUGAAUAGAAGCGUCAACGAAAAUUUUUUUCGCUGUAGGUAGAGUCCCACGGUGCAUAUCAGCCAAAAAGGAUAAAUAGAGAUAGGACCGAC